AUGCCCAAGAGGCGGAAGGCUCCUGACGAGGACGAUGUCGACGACACAACACCGCGCAAGGCGAGACGAGGCGGACUCGACGACCAUGCUCCCACCGUGUCAAGUCCAUUGCGAGGAUCGGAAACACCUUCAAGGUCCAUCCUGAAGCAGACUCCGAGCAAAGCAAAUGGACUCAAAAGUGUUGACGCUACGCCGAGCUCGCUGAGAAAAGUGUUAUUUGCUACACCACAGCAUCCAGAAGAAGAAACCAAUGGCGACGAUGAAGAGACUCCCAAGGCCACUCGCAACGAUCGCAAUGACCGUUCCGCACGUAGAAAGAGUCAGCGAACAUUGCAAAAGCAGAUAGCAGGACGUGACGACAGCGACGAUGAUAAUGAUGAGCAAGAGGAGGCCAUUGCGCAGGCUAUCUUGGGCGAGGACGAUGUGGACGAUACAGAGAACCCUACAGAUGCAGAGAGUGCACCAGACACUCCCUCAAAGACUGGCAGACCCCGAGGGCGACCGAAAGGACGAAGGCGUGAACGGACACCCAGCCCACCACCCAAUCUGCCUCCACAUGAGUUGUUCUUCUUUCAGAAUCGCCCGGGUGGGAACAAGACGUCGGCCAACACGAUGCCCACUCAUCUAUUGCUCAAUCAUGAAGACUAUUUCACACAAAUCACUUCCUACGAGGAUCCACACAAGGAAGAUGUCGAGAUUCUCAAGCAGCUUCAUACCCGAGCAUUUGACCAAUGGGUCUUCGAACUCGAUGAAGGCUUUAACAUCUGCUUAUAUGGCUACGGCUCGAAACGAAAGCUGGCCAUGGACUUUGCCGAGCAUUUAUGUCGCCAGUCUGACAAACCACCCAAGAUCGUUAUCGUAAAUGGCUACGCUCCAGGUCUAACAAUACGCGAUGUUCUCUCGAACGUCGCAAGUGUUGUCAUUGCGAAAGGGACCAAACUACCAGCACAACCCGCUGCAAUGCUCGAUGCAAUCCUAUCAACCCUCACCACAAACCCUCCCAAAGCCCCCAUCAAACUCAUCAUCCACUCUCUGGACCACGCCAAUCUUCGCAAAGCCGUCACUCAAGGCCUACUAGCACGUCUAGCAGCGCAUCCCAGCAUUUCACUGAUAGCAACCUGCGACAACCCCAACUUCCCCCUGAUGUGGGACAUCGCCCUCUCAUCCCAAUACAAAUUCCUUCACCACGACGCCACAACCUUCUCACCUUACACCGCCGAAAUCGAAGUCGUCGAAGACGUCAACGCCCUCCUCGGCAGAAGCAGCAGACGUCUCGGCGGCAAAGACGGCGUAGGCUACGUCUUGAAGUCUCUUCCAGAAAAUGCUCGUUCGCUGUUCCGCAUUUUGGUAGCAGAGCAAUUAGCUCUUGCAGACAUGGAAGGAGAAGUAGCGUUGGUGAAUGGUAUUGGCGAGGACAGUGAUCCAGACGAGAUUCUUGGAGUGGAAGAUGAGGACGAGGCGGCAGCAGAACAACAGACGCCAUCGAAGCGAGGAAGAGGCCGCGGAAGACCACCGAAGGCGACGAAGAAGAAGCCGCCGAAACCUGUGCAAGCCGCGGCGCCUGCUGGUGUCGAGUAUCGCACGCUCUACCAUAAGGCGGUGGAGGAGUUUGUCUGCUCGAGCGAAGUCAAUUUCAGAACGUUGUUGAAGGAAUUCCAUGAUCAUCAGAUGAUUGAGUCCAGAAAAGACGCAUUGGGCACUGAACGUCUGCUGGUGCCGUUCAGGAGAGAAGAGCUGGAGUCGAUUCUGGAAGAGCUUGUUUGA